AUGGCAGCGAUUGUGCGUAAUGCUUACGAUCGUUGCAGCAACCCUCAAGUGGGCGCCGCUUUUCUCUGCAUAAAGGAGAAAUAUGAAUGUCUGCUGUACGUGCAGCUGCCGUUUAUGGAGGAUCUCCGACAGUUCACUUUCCCAGUGUUGGACAACAACAAGAAGUUCACGCCUUCAGAGUCUCGGCUGUCAGCCGUGGACGCGCUGAUCGACUCCAUGAUGCUGGUGGAAAAAGAUGAUGAUGGAGAGAGCGUGGACGUCUUCAAAGUCAACCACAUUCCAAACCCACAGUUCCAGAGUCUUUUCCAGUGCUUGCAUCACCGCGGUGUGAAUCCUGACGAUCCCCUGCUGCAUGUAGAGCCUAAGAGGCUGAAGAGGGAUCUAGAGCGUCCCCAGGAUGUGUCGGCCCGCUGCCAGGCCCCUCUGCAAGACGUCAAGACCAAGUUCCCUCUGAAAGUGGUGGUGAAAAAGAAGGAGCAGAAGACAAGUGCAGACGUGUUCGGCAGCAGGUGAGAAUGGAGCUGUG